GUCUACCCGGAUGGUUGGGGAAAAUUGCGUCUUAUUCACUGAAUAAGUACUAGGAGUAUCUAAUUAGCGCCCGUAUAUGGAUCAAGACGACUUAAAAGUUAAGAGGCGCAAAAGCAACCGCUAUGUUAUAUCCAGACGAGCCAUCCUCAGACUCUCUAUUUUACCGAAAAUCACACCACCGCCUACGUGCCUGGCUACGUUCGUUUCUCGAAGCCGACAUCUUCCCGUACACACAGAAAUGGGAAGACGAGGGUAAAGUUCCGAAGGAGGCCUAUGAUCGUAUGGCACAAAAAGGGCUGCUCUUCCCUUUUGUGCCGAGGAAAUACAGAAAUGGAGCGAAUUUGCCCAUAGGCAUUGACGAUGACGAAUGGGACCUAUUUCAUUCGAUGGUGAUUAACGAAGAGCUUGCAAGAGCCCCUGCUAAUGGACCAAUUUGGGCACUCACGUCUGGAAACAACAUUGGUUGCCCUCCUAUUCGCGAUUUUGGAAGUGAAGAACAGCGCAUGGAGUAUCUGCCACGGGUAUACAAGGGUGAAAUAUCUUUCUGCCUAGCAAUCACGGAACCUGGAGCUGGCUCAGAUGUAGCGAACAUUUCCACGACGGCUCUCGUAGAUAGCGCGGAUGCUUCUUAUCUCGUCGUGAAUGGCCGCAAGAAGUGGAUAACAAACGGCCUAUUUGCCGACUAUGCAACUACUCUCGUCCGGACGUCCGAUUCGAAAGAUACGUCGAGUCUAUCAUUGCUAAUCGUCCCUCUCAAGACGUCAUCGGAUUCACGUCCCGCGGGCCUUACUAUCCGUUGGAUACCAGUCAGUGGACUUAAAUCAUCUGGGACUGCUUUGAUUGUCUUUAAAGAUGUCCGCGUCCCGCGAAAAAACAUCAUCGGGAAGGUAGGCACCGGAUUUAGUAUGGUGAUGCGAAAUUUCAAUCCAGAGCGGCUUGCUCUAUCGAGCACGGCAAUCGUACUUGCUCGAACAUGUCUCUCUGACUCCCUCAGUCAUGCAAUGAGACGAGAGACAUUUGGAAAGGCGCUCAUCGAAAACCAAGUUAUUCGAGCAAAGAUUGCAGGUAUGGUCCGAACCCUGGAAUCGGCGAGAGCGUGGUACGAGUCGAUCGUUUGGGAGAUCGAGCAAUUUGCCACUCGCGCAGCAGGUCCAAAUGGGAAAGAUUAUCCAGCAGCAUUUGCCGACUCUCAAAUAGCAUACCGGAUCGCGUUGCUAAAAGUCCAAGCGGGAAGAGCUCUUGAGCUCCUCGUUCGAGAGGCACAACAGAUAUUCGGAGGAGCUGGGACGACACGCGAGGGUGUAGGAGCCGUCGUUGAACAGAUCAGCAGGGAUAUGCGAGUGUGGGUCGUUGGAGGUGGAAGCGAAGAGAUUCUAGAUGAUCUGGGCGUACGCUUGAUGCUAGCGAGCAUGCAUCGAAACUCGGAGACAACGAUGAAGAAUGGGAAAGCAAAAUUGUAA